CUGGCUUUGUAUCAGUGAUCAAGGACCACAGGCAGACUGUCCGAAUUUACAGUCGAGGAUGGGAUCUUAAUAAUAACGUAAAAAUUCUAAUCUAAUCGUUGAUGAAGUUCGGAGCUGCACACGAAAAAGCCAGCAAAGCGGGUUUUGGACUGAAACGAUUCCCUAAUCGUCAUGCUCUAAAAGGGAAUAAUGUGUUCGAAACCAACAACUAAGUUAUGAUUGACAAUGGAUAGGUUCUAAAACGUUUUUUUAAGGUAAAAAGUUGAGAACAGAAAUAAUAGACCGCAUAUGUUUGCGCAGAGUGCAUGUCUUGUUUUUGUUUUUUAGAUAGGCUAGAGUUGCUGUAAAUCUGAGACGAAGGUUGAUGCGUUUAGAUAGGACACUGUUGCAGUUUGUAAAUGUAUGUUAGCCCACCAAGCCGUCCAGUCAAACGACAGUAUGUUGCAUGUAACGGAGUACUGACUGUGCACAAGCUUUUAACUUGAGGGGAAGCAUUCUGCCUACUUUUCCUUGAGGGAAUUGUCGGGGUGACAUAACACACCACCAUGGAUCUUCUUGAGUGCCCAAUCUGUCUGUUCCUCAUGUGCGAACCAGUUACGAUGUCGUGCGGCCACUCAUUGUGCCGUCGGUGCCUGGGGACAAACUUGCCAUCGAGAUGUCCGACCUGCAAGGAACGGCUAAAACAGAAAGACGCAAAAAAUAUAAAAAACAAUGUAUUGCUGAUUAGUGUCAUUGAAAAGUGCCGCCCUGACGAGACAAAGAUGAAGUGCCAAAUCCUUGAGAAGCUGAAAGCCAGCGAAUUCACUGACGCUUUACGCAUCGCUGACGAGGGGAUAGAACAAGCUCCAGAUGACGUGUGUCUGAAGGUGUUCAGAGCCGAGGCCAGCGUGGGCCUGAGGUGCUACCCUGACGCCCUGAGGGACCUGGACGACCUCUGCUGCACGCGCCCCAACUGGACCGAGGGAUUCUUCCGGAAAGGGAACGUGUUGCUGGAGAUGGGCCGUCAGACAGAGGCUCUGAUCCAGUUCCACCGCUGUCUGAAGCUCCAGAGUGACUUCCUUCCUGCCAAGAGCCAGAUUAAGAAGAUCCUAGAGGCUGAGGGCAUGGCAGUCCCAGAAGAAGUACAUUGUAUCCUGCAGGUGGUUUCCGAGUACCUGAAAGAGCCCUGCCCUAUCACCAGCCUGGGGGGCUCCCAGGGGCCCACACACAGCCACACACACAGCCACACACACACCCACACACACACACACACUCACACACACACUCACAAACACAGCGAAGGGCACCGGUUCCCUCCUCCGGAGGAGGAGAAGGAGGAGGGAGAGGCCAAUGGAAGAUUAGAGUCACUCCAGACUUCCUCUAAGGCGAAGCACGGCUCCAGCACGGAGUGCUGCUUGAGUCUCUGCCAGGCCGUGUCCUUCCUGCCCACAGCGGAGGAUGACGAGGAACUCAUGAUGAGGAAGGAUGAGAGGAACCGGCGGGGUGAGUGCUGCCAGGACAGCCAGACGGUGCUGAGUGUGCUCACCGUGUCAGACUUGGAGUGUCCUCUCUGCAUCCGGUUGUUCUAUGAGCCAGUGACUACCCCGUGUGGCCACACCUUCUGCAAGAACUGCAUUGAGAGGAGCCUGGAUCACAACCUGCGCUGUCCACUCUGCAAGCAGCCCUUACAAGAGUACUUCAAGAACAGGAAGUACAACCCCACAGCGCUGCUCCAGGAGGCCAUUUCCCGCCUCUUCCCCCAGCAGCUGUCUGAGAGGAUGCAGGUGCACGAGACUGAGAUGGCCGAGCUGUCCAAUCUAACUACGAACAUCCCUAUCUUCGUGUGCACGGUGGCCUACCCGGGUGUGCCCUGCCCCCUGCACAUCUUCGAGCCACGCUACCGCCUCAUGAUGCGCCGCUGCAUGGAGACGGGCACCAAGAAGUUUGGCAUGUGCAGCUACGAGCACGGCAAAGGCUUUGCGGACUACGGCUGCAUUCUGGAGAUCCUGAGCCUGGAGGUGCUGCCUGAUGGGAGGUCGUACGUGGACACGGUGGGGGGCAGUCGCUUCCGGGUGCUGAGGAGGGGUCAGAGGGAUGGAUACCAAACUGCAGACAUCGAGUACCUGGAGGACCACAAGGCUGACGAAUCAGAGCUGGAGCAGCUGCAGGGUCUCCAUGACAGCGUGUACCAGCAGGCUCAGGACUGGUACCAGCGCCUCAACAGCCGCAUCCGGGAGCAGAUCAGCCGACAGUACGGAACCAUGCCUGACAAGGAGGACAACAUCCAGGAGUCCUCCAACGGCCCUGCCUGGUGCUGGUGGCUGCUGUCUGUGCUCCAGCUGGACCCAGCCUACCAGACCACCGUGCUCUCUCUCACCACGCUCAGGGACCGCCUGGGGCACCUGCGCAUCGUCCUGGAGUACUUCUCCCAGAGCUAGACUCGGGACACACACACGCAUUUACACACACACACACACACACACACACACACACACACAGGGAUACGGAGUGUGUGUUGUGAGCCGUUUGUCACAAGCCUCCAGAUGUCCUCAGGUCCCGAGGUUGGGGGCUUCACACUCGCGUUCAGCACACUGGACUGGUCGAACACACAUGGCACUCUUGCUUUUGGAGUUGGAUUAAGUUAUUUCUAUUGUCUCUCCUGGAACGGGGGAUGUGCGUCUCCCUUUUAUAGUUUUUUUUUUUUAAGUACUACGUAGAUCAGAAUGUUUCCGAAUGUGGUUUUAUUUAGGUUAGGUUUUGUUUGCGGUGGCAUAGAAACCUUAGAAUGGACAACCAAAGAUUUCACCUGUCAGACAACAGAAAACCAAUCGUCUGGUGUCCGUGAGGCUGAUCACCUGCAGGCUGGUGCAUGCUGGUUGACGUAGGGCCUGUUGUUGCGUGGUGCCGCCACUAGGUGUCGCUGUUCCGCUCUCCCUCUCUGACGCGCAUGGCAGAAGGCCCGCCGUGUUCCACGGUGUCCACUGAACAGAGUCAGCUGGCGAGUGCUCAGUGUGUGAAGAGCACACACGCAACAAUUCCGAAAAUAGGAAAGUGUCCAAAUCUGAACUUUGAAACAACAACCAAAAAGUCUUACAUUGAUUUUGAAGAGCUUGUGAUUUGUAUUUAGAAUUCAGAUUUUAUGAUCAUCUGGAUUUAGUAAAAUAAUGGAUAUAAUGGAAUGGAUGUUGGGAGUGGGACCCGCAUCACUUCUAAUGCUUGUGGAACAGAGAACAUCUGUUGUGGUUUGUAUGUCUAUCGCCCGUUGAUUCUGUUACUUUACAAUUCUUUAAGUAUUAAGGCUGAUUGCCGUUAUAAGCAUAAGUAGUCAAAUGAUGUAUAUCAACACUGAAUAGUCAGAACGUAUGUGUUGCUAUAAUUGAUUAUGUCCGAGGCAACUUCCUGUCUAAAAUGUGUGUCAGGUCUGCCAGGUGGACAUAGAGAUGACAUAUGAAGAGAUGGUGGUUUACAUAUAUAGAGAGAGGGAGGUAGAGGAAGUUGUAAGUGUUGCUGUUUUCCAGUACAUGUGUGUUUGUCACCAGUCAUCCUCUGCUUUUGGUGCUCAACCUGAUGGGUUCACACACCAGACAAACAGCAACCUUAUCCUUCAAUCGUUCUCAGGUGUAGAAAACCAGCCGCGGUGAGCAGGGCGUCUUACCACGUGCGGCCACCAGGUGGCAGUAGAUGACUGGGUCUAUGUCCUCCUGACAGCUGUUAGUGGAGGCCGGGUUUUCUGCUGGAGUGCAUGCAGCCUAGGACCUGUCCCAAGCCAUAGUGAAGCUAAGUAGUAAUGCCAUAGUGCACAGAUGGUCCCUCCAGGCCUCUGCUGUGCCCAGGGGGGCCUGGCCGGGGAAUGAGCCUGCUCGGUGAUGCCUCCGUGGGGGCAGAGACACCAAGCUGUGCCCCCUGCGGACUCCCCACCCCUCUAGUGAAGAUGCCCUGAGUGCCUGCAUGGAUCUCCAGAGCUGUGUGUUAGGAGAGGGGACACACUUUGCAGUUGUUUCUUAUUGUCGUUUCUUUCGCUGGUUUUGUUUUAUGUGAGGUUUAGUGCCACAUUCCAUCGAAUGUUGAAGCUGCAAUGUUACACAAUGAUUUACUAGCAAACACAAGCUUAAACAUUGGUGAAAAGAGAAAACACAUUUCUACAAUCAUUGUGCCAUUGAUUACAUGUAAUACUGUCAUUUUGGGGGUUUAGAUCAGUUUGUUGGGAUGAAGUCAUGGCCAAUUUGUAGGAAAAUGCCUGCCACCCAGAUACGAACUGUCACUUGUCCAGACUCGAGUCCAUCUGUGCUGAACAGUGAUUGGCAGAUUAUGAGGGCUACACUGAGGGCAACACUGUUCAGAUGAUAUUUUCAGCCCUGGAGGUAGAGAGUUACAGGCCCAAUUACACACACAAGUGUCAUGCCCCUCCAGACGGAGAGAUGCACAGAGGAAUGGACAGACUCAGGGACAGGCUGGGCCACCCUCCCUGGGCCACCCUCUCUGGGUCCCCCUCCUGUUCUGGAAAUAGCCAUUGAGAGCUUGUUCAGUCCCAGUUUCAGACAAAUUGGGAUCGAUCUCACUCUCUUAACAAAAAAAGGGAUUUAUUUCUUAGAGAUUUCUGGAGAGAUGGUUGGUGUAGGGUUAGGGUUAGCUGAGCGUGUAGGUGGAGAUGACCACGAAGCCCUGUGGCCUCACAGUGAGGUCAUAGAGGGACAGAAUUUCCUGUCUGACGUGCUUGAUCCAGGAAGUGUGAACUGUUUUUGUGUACUUUUAGCAUUUUGCUUAUCCUCACACCCUUUUCAUUGGAGGUGACUUUUUUUGCACAGUAAUGGAUUUGCAUGUCCUGGUUUUUCUAUUGUUCAGUAAUAGUGCCCGCCAUAGAUAUAUCCAUAAUGUUGGGCUGUUUUUAUCAACAAACCAAUAUUGUUUGAUUGUUAAGUUAUGCUGUCCACUUAAACACAUACUAUUGUUUAGUAUAUUUAUCCUUGGUUUAAAUAAAGAGGGGACAGAAAAUAAUGUCACUAUCAAUUGAAAUGUUUGGAUUCAGGAUUAAACAGUGUUCAUUGCUGCAAGUGAAUCAUUCAUCUGAUGCUACAGAACUCUGGAGGUCCAGUGUGAUUGGACUUCUGUAUGUGUCACAGACAUUAUUGAAUCUCAAUGCACUGAAUCAUUGUACUGAGUGAAAGUGAACUGAAUCAUGUACUGAGUCAAUAGGUACGUUCGACUUCAUGCAGCGCCGGCGUCGCCUGCAGCCCGGCUGACUUGAAGCAGCCAAUGGCAUUUUCAGCUUCAAGGCAUCCGGCUGCAGCCGGCUGUCGGAGCUGCAUGAAGUCGAACGCACCUAAAGUGAACUGAAUCAUGUACUGAGUCAAAGUUAACUGAAUCAGACCAAUGAUCCAUGUAUGCAUGACUUUUUAGGAAUCCAUCUAGGAACAAAAGUAACAUGUUGAAAAGGUGGUUUGGGUUAUUUGGUGAGAUAAAGACUGACUGUCAAAGCCUUGUAUGUUUGUCAUAAUGGUGUCAGAUUCGCAGAAAGGUCUGUGUUCUAUGUAUGAAUAGUGUGGUGGUCAAUCUUGAAUUAAAACGGUUAACAUUGGAAUACUUUCUAAUCAGUUCGAAUAGUAAUACUAAUAGUCAUAUUACAGGACUGAGGACACGUAACACCAGAUACAUCUUCUUUGCCUCCAAUAACUCUUCAGUACAUUGAAUUGUUGAUAUCAUCAAUAAAGUUGUUGAAAUGACUAUUUGUUGUUUAAU